AUGGCGGUCGUAGAGAAUGGAAAGGUGCAAGAGCCUUCGCAAGACAGGCUCAAAACACAAACAGAGCGCAGAAAGAGAGAUAAACCACGGCGGAGUUACCUACGGUUGUCUCUGGCGCUCAUUGCCAGAUUAUGUAUCUGGUACGUGGUCCUGACGCCGUUCUUCCACUGCCCAUCGAAUCUUUCCGACCUCGAGGAGUCUUCGCCGCGCGUCUGCAAACCGUACCUAAUUGCCCGGUCGCAUCUUGAGCCUCAUAUCGACCCUUACUACCAAAAAUAUGCUGCGCCUUACGUGGAACUGAUGCGACCCUAUGCCCAUACUUUUAAUGAACGGAUCUACACUCCAGCGUACAAAAUCGCCAAACAUGGCUAUGACACGUAUGGAGCCCCUGCUUUGGAGCAGGCUGGCAAAUACAGUCACCAACAAUGGGAAGCAGUCAUUGUGCCGCAGUUGUACUCAGCACAAGCCAAGGUGAAUGAUAUUUAUAAAGCCCGUGUUGAUCCAUACGUCCAACAAGCCCUUGUUUUUGUGUCCCCGUAUUCAGACACUGUGCGCAGCAAGAUGGCAGCGGUUAAGGAUAAGUACCUUUUACCUCUUUAUGUUCAGUCUAAGCCUUUCAUUGGUAAGACAUACUCUUCCGGGCAGGACGUUUCUGGCACUGUGGUUCCAUUGGCAAAAAAGACGUGGUCGUCACUCCUAGUCUUUGUGAAGGGCACCGUCUGGCCCAGCAUUACCGGUCUUUACUCUGAAAAUGUUGAACCUCAGCUGGUCAAGAUUGGCGAAAAGCUGGCAACUUAUCGCGAGGGCAAGAAGCACAGAGCAGUUAUGGAUGAGGUUGAAAGUUCAAUCGAAGAAUCUGCCACAUCCACUCCUACUGCAUUGUCAGACAGCGUCUUUAGUUCUCAAACGACAAGGUCCAGUUCCACUAGUGAUGCCGCUGAGACAAAGACUUCUUUGACAUCAGAGCAGAAGUUUGCACAAGCGCGUGAGCAAAUUGCGUCCGAUUUGCGUGUAUGGCAAGAGAAAUUCGCUGCUGCUGCCGACAAAGGAGUCGAGGAUCUCGGGGAACGAAUUCAAGAAAUUGUCUCUAGUCAGGUGGACAGUGGCGCUAAGAUGCAUGGAGAAUCUUUACUGGAGGUUUUGGAGACAGUCGUGGAUCACGAAUUCUCUAAUCUCAAAACGCAAAUCAACGCCCUAGUCGACUCUCUCCCGGCUGAUGACUCGCCACAAGAAGAAGAGAAUGCGAUCGACAACUUGCUGAAAGCCGUCAGAUCGGCCGGGUUGGCAAUCAGGGAUAGGGCCCAUGCCGUUAGAGAAUGGCACAAGACUUUUGAAGACGAGCUCAUUCGCAGAGUAUCAGCUGCAUCUGAGUCUACACUCGACGUGCUAGACAGUAUCCGGGAUCUCGGUCUGCAGGAAAUUGGUAUGCGGUGGGCGUGGAUGGAUGGUGUUACCUACAAGGACUGGGAAAAGUACCACGCGGUCAGAAAGCAGUUUGAUGAUUGGCGGAGUGAAGUCCACGACUUUGGAUUAAAUCACGAAAAGGUCGAAGAAGCCAAAGCCAUCGCAAACGAUAUCUUAUCUCGUGGGAUGGCAAUUGCCGAAGAUGCAGCUAAAGAACUAACCAGACUCAGAGAAGUUGGAAAGUGGAAGAUCGAAGCUCGCGAGGUCAGCGACAAUUUUGACACCAGGACCGAGCCUCCCCCUCCGCGCGUGAAACCCGCUGUGGAGGCCGUGGAUGAGGAUGCCAGUCAACUUGAUGAAGAGUCGCAGUCAGCCAUUCUACGAGAUGGUGAACCCUCAGAAGCCACUGAUGCUGACAUUUCUUCGUCUAUUCCCGGCUCAGAGACACAGGAUGUUAGCUCCAACGACAAUGAGAUCUCGCAAACGCAGGCACCACCGGAGGAACUCAUCUCAGCUAGUAAAGAGGUACUAACUGAUCAAGAUUCGAUUUCUGCCGCCUCUCCGACGUCCCUGUCAGAAACAGAUAUGGCAUCAUCCACAACCCAAGAGACUUCUGCUGAGUCACAGUCUCCCAGUAGUAAUAUCUGGGGAGGAGCGGCGGCCCAGGUUUUGACGGAGCAGCAACCAAUCCUCGAGGUCGUGGAUUAUGACGAAGAGAAGAAAUUUACUGAACAGAUGCAGCAUCUUGCUACUGAGGCUGGUGAACGCUAUGCUGAAGCAACAAAAGCAGUCAGCGAGGCUCUAUUUGGUUCAUCAUCUACUCCCAACUUUGGAGACAAGGCGGCGUCAGUGGCUAGCGAUCAGUACUCACGCGCCCUUGCAGCAGCUUCUAGCGUCUUGUAUGGCACGACACCAAGCCCAGGUGAACAAUUCGCCAGCGCUGCUUCCGAGAAAUACCAACAAGCUGUAGCAGCUGCUUCGUCUGCUUUCUACGGUUCGCCUUCGCCUGCAACAAAGACGACAACCGGUCCCCUUGAGUCUAUCUCAUCCAUUGCUUCGUCACGACUAGAGGAAGGCCUGAGUAUCGCUUCUGCGCAAUAUGCAAGUCUCAAGUCAUCAAUAACCUCGUCCUCCGGCUUGGCGCAAGAUCCUGUCCUCCUCGAUGCAGAGCGGCGUUACCACGAGGCAGUUGGACUUGCACAUGACCACUACACCGCUUUCAUUAAUUCAGCUUCUCAGGCCGUCUUUGGGGCUCCUACCCCAACUCCAUCGUCGUCGCACCUCCAAGAUUUCUUGGAAGAAGCGGAGUCUCAGUAUAGCCAGGCUUCCUCCUUGGCAUCUGCCAGCCUGGCGGCUGUUGUGGCAUCUGUAACCUCAGCCAUGGGUUCUACAACUGAAGACCCUGCACGUAGCAUCGUUGAUGACGCCUCUUCGAGAUAUAGCGCGGCGCUCUCAGCAGCAUCUACGUCUCUUUCACUGGCGUCGGCCUCUGCCAGUUCCGCUCUUUACGGAACGCCCACAGGAACUCUGGAGGCGGCGGCCAGUAAGGCAUCCGAAAAUUGGGAAAGCCUUAUUUCGCGGGCCAGUGAGCAGGUUUACGCCACUCCAGCCCCUUCUGUGCAGCAGCAGCCGGUUCCAUAUGAGGCUCUUGAGAACCUUAUUUCCGAAUUGAUGGCCGGAAAAGAACCGGAGUUCACUGAGAGCAUCAUGAGCAAACUGCGCUUAGCGUACGAGACGCCUUAUCCAGCGGCAGCUUUGUCAUCAGUAUCUAGCUAUGCAAAUGAUGCCUACGCCUCUGCGUCUUCGCAAGUGAGCGAAGCUGUCUACGGCACUCAGCCGGGUUAUGUGGAGGCCGCUAGAUCCCAGGUCGAUGAGGCAUUUUCGUCUGCUCAAAGCGUUCUCAGCACGGCCGUCUAUGGUACGUCUACGGGCCGGGCUGAGUCGGCCUUCAGCACCGCGAGUGGCACGUAUGCAUCAGUCACGUCUGCAGUCGCAGAUAACGUCUCUGCUGCUAGUUCCGUGAUAAAUAGCGCCUAUUCCGAUCUACAUUCACGGGCAUCUUCUGUAUUGUCUCCAGAGGAAAAGGGCGCUCUGGAAAGUGCCCAAGCUCGCCAUUCGGACCUGGCCUCGGAGGCAGAUGAUUACGCUUCCGAAGUCGACUCUAGUGCUGCUUCCGUCGCUGAUAAUUACCAAAGUGGUGCCACCAGUGCGGCGAGCAAAAUUAAGGAUGAAUUGUGA